UACAUGUUUUAUUACGAACUUGGGAAACAGUUUUGGAUUCAGCAAACUUUGUUCCGGAUUUCCUAAAUUUGGUAUGAUGUGGAAAGAUAGUGUGAAUCUUGGGUGUGGGGUUUAUAUCUGCCCAGAUAAUAACUAUGCAAUCUAUACAUGUCACUACUCUCCCGCUGGGAACGUCAAAGGGGGAACCAUGUUCAGGAUCAACAAUUUCAAGGAAUUGUGUCAGGCAGAGAAGAACACGUGGACCACGUGCAACAAGGGACUUAAAACUCCAGGCUGUUCACAGAUGAAUGGAAAAGCACAGAACGGCAAACCAAACCGAGCGGUGUCAAACCCACAAGUGUCUCCUGCGCUACUGGUUAUUGCUGUAUGUGGUAUCUAUGGGAUAUCAAUAAUGAACCAUGAUUUCGCAGAUAUGGGCAUCUCGAAAGUUUGAGAAGAAGGAAGGA